AUGUGUGGAAGGACUGCUUGCACUCUGGCUCCAGACGAGGUUAGCCGAGCCUGCUCGUACAGAAACCGGCGCGGGCAAAGGAGACAGCCUGGCUGGAGGGAUGGAGACGCGGACAAAUACCGACCCUCUUACAACAAGAGCCCAACGUCCAUGAGCCCUGUGCUGCUAUCCCAAAGGCACUUUGACAAGAAUGCUCCUGUGGAUGAGUGUGUCCUGGCUUCCAUGCGUUGGGGACUUGUUCCUUCCUGGUUUAAGGAGAAUGACCCAAGCAAGAUGCAGUACAGCACCAACAACUGUCGGAGUGAGAACAUCCUGCAGAAAAAGUCUUACAAGGACCCCCUAAUGAAAGGACAGCGCUGCGUCAUCCUGGCUGAUGGCUUCUAUGAGUGGAGGAGGCAAGACAAAGAGAAACAGCCCUUUUUCAUCUAUUUCCCUCAGACUACGGCGUCUUGUGAGGAGAAACAAGAUCCUGUAAGGGACCUGACUCAGCUAUCCUUCACGAUAAACAAUGGUUUACGACAUCAAUCCUGGGUUGUCUAACAGGUAGAAGAAUCACUAGAUGAGUGGACAGGGUGGAGGUUGCUGACCAUGGCAGGAGUAUUUGACUGUUGGACACCUCCAUCUGGUGGAGAACCACUGUACACCUAUACGGUCAUCACUGUGAAUGCUUCCCCCAAUCUCCAAGACAUCCAUGACAGGAUGCCGGCCGUCUUGGCCGGAGAGGAGCAAGUGAGGAGAUGGCUUGAUUUCGGCGAGGUCAAAUCUUUAGAUGCUUUAAAUCUGCUCCAGUCAGAAGACAUACUGACCUAUCACCCCGUCUCAACACUUGUCAAUAGUUCUCGUAACAACUCUCCUGAGUGCCUUCAACCUGUCGACCUUAAUCAGAAAAAGGAGCCGAAGCCAACAGCAAGCAGCAAGAUGAUGAUGAGCUGGCUGGCAAGCGGCUCUUCAAAGAAGAGGAAGGAGUCUGAUGCAUGCAACAGUCAGGAGGAGACAGACAAGAAAGACACUGCCAGUAAGUCUACAGGAGCACUUCAGCAGUGGCUGCAGGGAGCCAGCAAAAAACAGAAACAGUAA